AUGAGAUCAUGGAACAUUUUUUGCGUGGUACCAAGUCUCCAAAGGUGCGUCCCUUGGCGGUUUGGGCAUCCCGAGGAGCCGACACACCUUGUGCAUAUGAUGUUUUGUUCACUUGUACUGCUCCUGCACAUAGCGAAUUACCUCCGUGUAGUACAGACAGUGCACAUAGAAAAAGGAGCAUUCUUACCUCUGGCACCAUUUAAUAGAGGAAGAGCGAACCGCGUAGGUAUGUAUGCAAGCAACAACCACUCAUGCAUGGGCUCUGAAUCCAUUUUCAACAAAAUCUGUAACGAUACCGAAAAGAAGAACGGAGACAAAGCAAGCGAAUUGUUGCAAAGAGCAAAUUAUAUAAAAGAUGUUAAUGGCUUGUAUAACCUCCUUCCCCUUGGAUAUAAGUCGAUCGAGAAGCUCAUCCACUUUCUAAAUAUCCACUUGAAGAGAGUCAAUUCGCAUGGUCUUUUUAUGUCCAUUCUGCAAGCCAAGAAAUGGUGGAAUAUUUCAGACCGCUCCAAAUUAUAUAGCGAUGAAUUCUUAUAUGUAUACAAGCAGAAACAACAAAAAGGGGACAUGAGCAAGGUUAAUGAAACUGUAAUGACAAAAAAAAAAAUGGAAGAUGAUGGACUCAUCCUAAGUCCCACAUGUGAAGAACAGGCAAUCUGCCUCAUAAAUCAAGUCUACAACGAAAACAUACCAGCCAAAUCACUUCCAUUACUUAUACAUCAGUUCAAUUAUAAAUUCAGGAAUGAAAAGAGGUUAGAGAAGACACUGUUCAAGAGCAAAGAAUUUCUAAUGAAGGAUGGCUACUCCUUUCAUAGCAAUGAUAUUUGUCUGAAUGAAACUUAUGAUUCAUAUAAAGAAUGUUAUGGGAAAAUUUUUUCCGAUUUAAAGUUACCAUUUAAGGUUACGAAAAAAAGGAAAAUGGAUAAAAUGAAUGCACUGGAAAGUCACGAAUUUCAAGUGCUAUGUCGAGAUGGAAAAUAUAAAGAAGCUGCACACAUUUUUAAAUUAGGAGAUUAUUACUCUAAAAAACUGGGUAUCAAAUACUUAAACAAACGGAAUGAAAAAAAUAAUAUCCUUAUGGGUUCCUACGGAAUUGGUAUUUAUAGACUCCUCUACUUCUUGGUUGAUUCCUUCUACGACGAUGACGGAAUCCGACUGCCUGAGCAAAUCGCUCCUUUCUCCGUCUACCUCAUUCAGACCAAUCAGAGGAGCAAAUACUCCGCGACAAAAGUUGCAAAAAUUGUGAAAAUGGCCCAAGUGACCGACGCGGUCGAGGCGAUGGACGCACCCAACAUGGCGACGCCCCCCCUCAACAGCAACGACGUCGAGUACGUCCUCACCCUAUGGCUGUACAACACUUUUAAAAAUAGCAACGUGGAUAUAUACUACGAUGAUACAGAUUUGCACUUGUCACGGAAGCUGAAAAAUUGCGAUCUCAUAGGAGUACCCAACCGAAUUAUAAUAAAUUUGAACAGUGAGCAAAGAAAGAUAAAAAUCCCCCCGGAUUUUUAUAAUUAUAUGGACACACGAAAUGCUAUUCUUUCCAACAAGCUCUACAUGACCUUCCGGGACGUCACUGUCGAGUACAAAAGUCGAUUUUCCCCGGAAAAAAAAAUUAUGACAAUUCAUCAGUUGUUCCGGCAGUUCGGGCUCAUUUAG